UGUGGAGGCGUCGCCGGUGGAUUCUUUUGUCAGAUUCCGUCCUUGAAGUUCGAGCUCAAUUCGCAAUUUCUGAAGCUAUGAGCAAUGUUCGUUGGUGGCUGCCUGCCUUGAGUGUCGGUGUAGCAAUUUUCGUGGCUGCCUGGAUCUCUCGGAAUGGUAUCGCUCCUCCAAUGGCUCUACCCAAUCAAUUCUACCCGAAGGACACUCCCUUCGGGAAACUCAGCUGUGAAGAGGCUUUCAAGGGUCUCAAGCCGCAAGAAAAGCGCUAUGCUCAUUUCAUGUCGAGAGCCAGUUGGUAUGGACAACUCAUCGUGUUCCACCAAACCUCCCCGGAAGCGCCCCUGAUCUUCAUAUUCUUGGAUAAAGUUCUACGGUCGAAACCAACUCUAGACGGCGUGACAACGAACCUCAAAGAACAAUUCAGCUUCACGGACGAUGACGUAAAAGCGUUCCUCGUCUACUGUGGCGCUUUCUUCUCCGCAGGCGGCAACUAUCGGGCCUUCGGUGACACGAAGUUUGUGCCCGACGUGCCGAUAAACAAGAUGCAGACGGUUCUGCGAAGUUUAUUCCCGGAAGACCAAGAUUUCUGGGCUGAACACUGUCUGGAACCGAUGUACGAUUUUAAGGAAUCGGUUCGCAUUCGGGGCUUCCCUCCACAUGGCAUAAACUCAUACUGGUCGUCGAACUGCAACGAGAAAGAUGCGGCGAUCGUCGCCGAGUUUCUCACCGGGAAGAGACUCGACGCGUACAAUCAACGAGCUUUCAAGGAGGUCGUUGACGGAAAAACCUCCUACGAGAUCAGAGUUGCCUCACGUCAACUCUCUAAUGAAACUGAUACAACCGCGGAAAAACUUCUGAGCCUCCAUGAGGAUCGGAAUGGUAUUCAGUUCCGUGUCAGGAGAGGCGACUAUUCGAGCCUCUUAGGGGAUGUGAUAGAGAGCUUGGAAUCAGCCUCGAAGGAAGCCGCCAACGAGAACCAACGGAACAUGUUGAGGGAAUACGUCAAAUACUUCGAAACGGGCUCAAUCCAGGCCCAUAAGGAUGGGUCCCGUUCGUGGGUGAUGGACAAGGGCCCGGCUGUCGAGACAUACAUCGGUUUCAUCGAAAACUAUCGUGAUCCCGCUGGAGCUCGUGCGGAGUUCGAAGGCUUCGUAGCUGUUGUGAAUCGGGAAGGCUCCAAAAGACUUGGCGUUCUCGUCGAAAAAGCAGAAGCUGUCAUCAAGGAGUCGAUGCCGUGGCCUCGCCCUUUCGAGAAGGAUUCCUAUCUGAAGCCGGAUUUCACAGCUUUGGACAUUAUAUCCUUUGCUUCAAGCGGAGUUCCGAUUGGAAUCAAUAUUCCGAAUUAUAAUGAAAUUCGACAGAAUGAGGGAUUCAAGAAUGUGCACCUCGAAAACUCGAUGAAAGCUCGGAUGUCCGCUGCAGAGAUCGACUUCGUCACCAAGACCGACGCCGACUUGCUGAAGAAAUAUCGAGAUGCUGCUCUUGGAGUACAGGUCGGACUACAUGAGCUCCUCGGCCAUGGAACCGGCAAGCUCUUCGAGAAAGAUCCUGUCAAGGGCGCGAAUUUCGACGUGUCGACCGUGAAUCCUCUGACAGGCAAACCGGUCGAGACAUGGUACACUGCGGGUCAAACGUACGAUUCACAGUUCGGAAACAUGAGUUCCACUUACGAAGAGUGCAGAGCCGAAGCCAUCGGCAUAUACCUCACCCUUGAGCGUCACAUCCUGGAAAUUUUCGGUCAUGUCGAAACUCAACAGCAAGACGACAUCGUUUACGCGAAUUGGCUGAUGAUGGUAUUAGCUGGUCUCCGGAGCUUGGAGACUUACGAUCCCGAUGCGAAGAAGUGGGGACAAGCUCAUUCCCAAGCUCGCUACGUCAUCCUCCGAGUCCUCUUGGAAUCUGCUCCAGGACUUGUCACGAUCGAGGAGAGCCUUGGUGAAACGGACAAAAAACCCGACUUGCGAGUCACCUUGAAAAGGGAAGAGAUACACAAGAAAGGCAAGCAAGCCAUGCGAGAUUUCCUGGUCAAACUGCAGGUCUAUAAAUCACUCGCUGACAUCAAGGAAGCGUCAAAAAUGUACCUUCGCCUCUCGGAAGUCCCUGCCCAGUCCCAAUUUGCGAACUGGAGAGAUAUCGUGAUCGCUCGGAAGAAACCACGAAUGAUCCUGGUUCAAUCGAACACCCGCUUGAACGCUGCCUCUAACGAGGUCGAACUGCUCUCCUACCCAAACACGCCGGAGGGUUUUGCCCAGUCUUGGAUAGAUCGUCACGCGAAUCCAGACAGUAUCUACGAUUCGAUGCUAGCAUUGUACAAGAAAGACCAGAAGCACUUCCAGCCAGAGAAAAAUUGAGGAGAGACGGACAGACAGUCAUACGAGGGGGCAAGGCGUCUAUAUUGUGAGAUAUUAAGCCUCCCGGCGAUGCCAAGAGACCCACCAACGAAUGACUUGGGAUGAUCGAAAUAAAAAUGAACCUAUUUUCUAUA